AUGUCGGACUGGACUGAAAGCCUCCGUAAGCUCCGUAGCGAUCCUAUUCGCCAACACUGGGAGACCGCUAGUUCACGCCUGACGGACGCCUUGAACAACGCCUCAGUCGAUGAACUAACCAGAUUUGCCGCCAUGUUGAAGCUAUCAGAUGACGAAAGAGACUGGGACUUGGAGACUGACUCGGAAACUUCUGGCUCUGACAUCGGUGCGCUUUACCAAGACGAUUACACGGGCGACUCUGAAGAAGAAUAUUUGGAGGACACCGACAUGGGAGGUACCGAUUGGGAAUACCCUCAAGAAGAGGCUACCUCCUGCCAGUACCCCCACUCUGAAGCUCAGUCAAACUUGGACAAGGCGUUGGGGGAUUCCGGAUCCUUGACUAACCUGGACAUUCAUGACAAUCGAUCCGAUACCAACACACUAGAGGAGCUAAUGAGAGCAUGGGGGCAUUUCUUUAACAACCCGCAGGUACGGCCGACUGAGACUGGAAGGCAAGCAACGCUGAUGGGAGGAAGCUCGCCACUGUUGACGAACUCCGGUGUACAAUAUGAUGCCGCAGACAGCGUGGAUUCGGGGCCCAACCCUAGUCACGAUGUUAAGUACAAUGUCAGAUUGCUGGACACGGACAAUUUGGCUCGUUUGCCGGCUGCUUCAUUCGAACAUACACCAAGUUCCACUAUUCUUGAAAAUAUUCAAGACAUUCAAGGAGAUACCAAGGCCAUCAUGAUGCAGAUCGAAGACGUGGGAACUGUUGAGCACGUAGAAAAUGUGGAGUCUCAGAUGCCCUCUGGAAUCCAGGAGGAGUUUGGAAGCUCCCAUCAUGUGGAACACGUUGAAUACGCCAAAAAUUCUUCGGACGAAGACCAAUGUUCCUCAUCUGCUGCCGACCCUAUGGAAGAGCUUCGGGAUGAACUCACAAACCAGUGUAUCGAUGUCGUGCGGUGGUACCGAACCACUCGUAGACUACCCCCAGAAGACACGGAGAUCAAUGCAGGAUACAUUUAUUGGGCAUGGCUUGUGUUAAAAGACAUCGACAGUCAGGAGCCCGAUUUCUCGGCCGAGAGCUGUUUCAAACCGCAAAAAUUGAAAUAA